CGUUAUGAAGGCACAAUGGAACUUGUUGAGCUUCACAAUCAUCCUGAAUACAUAAACGCCUGUUGCAACAUCUUGAACAACGAAUGGAAACGCAGUCACGCAGCUCGGUACCACAGCCUCAUCAAGUCCAGCAGCAAUUUACCCGUCUCGCUGGCGUUGGUCAGAUGCCAAGAGGGCUUGGAUGGUCAAGUGGUUGGCCAUGCCAAGCUCUGCCGUGUGCUGCACGAUGAUAAAGCGUGCUUUGUCGAGUCUGUUAUAGUUAUCCCUGAGGAGAGAGGAAAAGGUUUUGGAAAGCUAGUCAUGAAGCUGACUGAAGAGUAUGCUCGCAAGAAAGGCUUUACAAGGUGCUACUUGUCAACACACGACAAGGAACAGUUCUACGCGGCCAUUGGAUACACAAUAUGCGCUCCUGUUUGUGGGAUUUCAGGCACAAUGGACCAUAUGGACAGGUUUCUCAGGCUCUUCGACAGCAAACCAAAUGAAUCGCUCACUGAAGACAAACUGUUCAAUGAGGGGCAUUCACAAAAAGUUGUCUGUUCAGUGCAGGAAAACCAGCCACCACCUCCUCCACCUCCCCCUUUUCCACUUUCAUCGCCGCUGCAAAUUACAGCAGCUAAGCAGGUGUGGAUGACAAAACAACUCUGAAGUGCUUUAGUGGAGCAGUUGGAAUUUGUUAUAUUAAAAGUUCUCUCAAUCAAUUUUGUUACAAUAAAUGAUUAAAUUAACACAAAAA